AUGUUGUAUAAAGUAGCAUGGUUCAUUGGUGUCGCACUGGUUUUUGUGGCGAUUCGAAAUACGAAUCCGGAGAGAGAAAUCCACGUGGAUGGAGACGUUGCGAAGGAAUGGAGCCACGUGGCAGAUGUUUUUAAGAAAAAUCUAGAAGAAAACUGGGAGCGUUCGGGUGCCGCAUUUGUAGUUUAUCAUAAAGGCCAAAAGGUAAUCGAUAUUUGGGGCGGAUAUUCGGAUCGAGAAUCCCAAAGAAAAUGGACAAGAGACACAUUAUCAGUUGCAUUCUCUUGUUCAAAAGCGAUUGGAGCAAUUGUAAUCGCUAAAUUGGUGGAUGAAGGAAGAAUGGAAUAUGACGAUUUGGUGACAAAAUAUUGGCCGGAAUUUGGAAAAAAUGGAAAGGCAAAUGUAACAAUUCGUUGGUUAAUAACUCAUAAGGCUGGUUUGGCAUAUACGGAUCAUCCGAUUGAAUGGGAAGAUGCGAUAGAUUCGAAGAAAAUUGAUCGAAUUUUGGCAGACCAAAAACCAAAUUGGCCGCCGGGGACUGAGAUAGGAUAUCAUGCAGUGACACAUGGAUGGUUGGUGGAUGCGAUAGUUCGAAGAGUGGAUCACAAAAAAAGAACUGUUGGACAAUAUUUUAGAGAGGAAAUUGGACAGAAAUUUGGUCUGGACUUCCAUCUCGGUCUUCCACUAUCCGAACAACAUAGGGUGGCUAGAAUCGAAAAUCCGAACUUCUGGAAUGUUCUAGAAGAAAUUGUCUAUGCUCCAAGCGAUUUCGAUGUCAUUCGAUUUUUAAGAGACAGAAUUACAAAUGGAACGUUAUCAAAAACAACAGCGAGUACCCCAUUCAUAAAGUUUGUAGGGGCCAUGACUCUCAAUAAUCCGGAUCUUCAUCGAAUCGAGCAACCGGCAGUGUUGGGAAUUGGAACCGCCCGUGCUUUGGCUGAAAUUUUCGAACUUUUGAGACAAAACAAAAUCGUGUCAGAGAAUGUAAAACGACAAAUGUUCUUUGAGAAUUACGAGAUGAGCGAAGACUUUAUCAGUGGAGCAAAAGUGCCACGUGGCCAAGGAUUCAUGUUAAAAGAGUUCCAGCAUCGAGGGAAUCCAGUAAAAAUGUACGGACACAGUGGUUAUGGCGGACAGAAUAUUCGAACGGAUUUCGAUCACGAAAUUACGAUUUGUUAUUUUAGUAACGGGUUGAAAGUUGGAUUUGGGGACACUGCACGGACAUAUAAGAGACUAUUGGAAGUGGUUUAUGACACUUAUUUUAAAUUGGAGUGA